GCUGGCAGGAUGCUAUCUCUGGAUCAGAUCAAUGUGGAUCAGCCCCUGAUCCUGAAGGACCUGGACUGGGCUGAGCAGGAGCCCCUGCCAUCGCUCAGCCCCCUGUGUCCCUCCUGGCACCAGGACGUGUCUCUGGACUGCAAGUUUUCUCCGGAGGACACCCAGGCACAUGCCUGGACCACCUACUACUACGACCUGCUGCAAUGUACCCUGCAGCAGGAGGGGCUGCCGGAGACAGUCGACCGCACCAAGGAGCCCAGAACAGGGUUCAGCUCGGGGGAUGUGACCAUCUGCAUCCUGGGAUCCCCGACCUCAUACCUGUCUGUGCUGCUGGAGGGCAGCUCCCAGUGCCCAGGUAACAUGCUACUGUGCCUGUCGCCCAGCUGGCUGGCCAAGGUGCCCUCUGAGCAGCACCCUGGCGAGUUGUCCUUGCUGGUCUCCAAGGCUGUCUCCUUCGAGCUGGGUGGGCGCACGUGCCUGGACGAGUUCUCGCCCCCGCGCCGUGUCACUUACUUCAUGGGCUCCUUCGGGCCAUGCAAGGAGCACGGGCAGUCAGCGGGGGAGCUGGCGCGCAACCUGGAUUGCCCCACGGGAGGUUCGGGGGAGCUGGCCCACCUGCUGGAGGACAAGCUGCUGACGCGCCAGCUGCUGGACCAGCGGGCCCAGGUGGGGGUACCGCUCACGCUGGCCUUCACCUUCAAGCGGCUGCGCCCACUGCGGGACGUCACCACUGAGCGCUCCGUCCGCAUGGUGGAGCUCAGCGGCAAGGAGGGCCAGGAGAACCUCAUCCAGGAGGAGAUCAAGGCCUUCCUGCAGGGCAGCGCCAUGGAGCCCUACAGCCAGGUGGUGGUGAAGCCAUCGGGCUGGUGCUGGAGUGGGGCCCAUGCUGUGACCUUCCAUGCCAAGGUGGAGCAGGCUGCCAUGCUCCAAGCCGUGCUGGCACUGCUGGAGACCCUGGAGGAGGAGGAGAGCGCCCUGCUGGAAGCCUUCAUCCCCACCGCCCGCCUCACCCAGCCCGAAUCCCCCAACAGCACCUCCCGAAGCAGCACAUCUCCGAGGCCUGACCUGGCGAUCCGGAUCUGCACUGUCGUCUGCAGAUCCUGGGGUGACCAGCCUCUGCUGAGCCAGGUGGUGUGCGGCGUGGGACGGGCUGAUAAGCCCCUGAAGCACCAGGCCAUGGUGCCCCAGAGCCUGGAGAGCGGCCUGCGGCAGCAGGGGGUGACAGAUGAGGCCCAGCUCGCUGCCAUCCAUGCCCAGGUCAAGCACAAGGCUGAGGCCGCCAUGACGGCCUUCCUGGAGAUGGAGGCGGGGCUGUCGGUGGAGCAGCGGGGCGGCCGACGGGCCCAGACUGAUGUGAUUGGCGUGGAUUUCCUCCUGACCUCGUCGGAGCAGGUGCUGCAGCUGAUGGCUCUGGAGAUGAAUUCUCAGCUGUGCCUGGAGACCUGCGCGCUCUUCGAGUCCAUGGGUCAGGCGGUGGGGGUGCCGGCAGGCGAGUCCUCACGUCCUCUGGUGGAGACGAUGUUGCGGCGUACACAGUGUCACCUCAUGGAGGGCAAGCACGUGUUGGUGAUCGGGGCCGGAGGAGUCAGCAAAAAGUUCGUCUGGGAGGCAGCCAGGGCCUAUGGGCUAAAAAUUCACCUGGUGGAGUCGGACCCCAACCACUUUGCCUCGCAGCUGGUGCAGACCUUCAUCCACUAUGACACCACGGAGCACAAGCGGGACGAGGAGCACGCCCAGCGGCUGGUGGGGCUGGUUCAGGAGCGGGGCCUGCACCUGGAUGGCUGCCUCUCCUACUGGGACGACUGCAUGGUGCUGACGGCCCUGGUGUGUGAGCAGCUGGGCCUGCGCUGCAGCCCGGUGGCCGCCAUGCGGGUGGCCAAGCAGAAGAGCCGCACCCACCAACACCUGCUGCGCCGGCGCAAGGAAGCCCCGCUUGGCUGGGCCUCAGAGGCGCUCUAUGCCGUUCCCUGCUGCCACCUGGAGAGCCACGCUGACGUGGAGCGGGCUGCUCGUCAUCUCUCCUUCCCCGGCGUCAUGAAGCUAGAGUACGGGGCAGGCGCCGUGGGGGUCAAGCUGGUGGAGGACGUGCAGCAGUGCCACCUGCACUUCGAGAAGAUCUCACGGGACUUGCGGGAGGAUACGGAUCACCCAGGCAUCGGGCUGGGCUGGGGCAACGCCAUGCUGCUGAUGGAGUAUGUCUCCGGCACUGAGCACGACGUGGACAUUGUGAUCUAUGAUGGGCGCAUGCUGGCCGCCUUCGUCUCCGACAACGGGCCCACCCGCGUGCCCCACUUCACUGAGACGGCGGCCAGCAUGCCCACCUGCCUGGCGCCCGACCGCGAGGCCCAGCUCGUGCGCGCCGCCUACCAGUGCUGCUUGGGCUGCGGCCUGACCAACGGCGUCUUCAACGUGGAGCUCAAGUUGACGGCGUCUGGGCCCAAGCUCAUCGAGAUCAACCCCCGCAUGGGCGGCUUCUACCUGCGCGACUGGAUCCAGGAGAUCUACGGGGUGGACAUCAUGCUCGCCUCGGUCAUGGUGGCCUGCGGGGUGCCCCCGCUGCUGCCCGCCCAUGCCCAGCCCCGCACCCACCUGGUGGGUGUCAUGUGCGUGGUGUCACAGCACCUUAAGGCCCUCAAGUCCACAGCCAGUGUGGAGACGUUGCAGGCCCUGCAUGAGCGCGGCAUCAUCCGCCUCAACCUGCUGGAGGAUGAGCUUGUUGCCCGUGAAUACGAAGAGCCCUACUGCAACGUGGCCUGUGCCAGCCCCAGCCGCUGCGAGGCCUGCCUCAAGGUGCUGGGUGUCUGCCAGGUGCUGGGCAUCGACUCGCCCCACUAUCCUGUCACCCACUUCCUCUCUCACUUCAAAUAGCA